AUGUCACUUAAAUUGGGUGGGACGUACGGCGAAAUAUUAGAUAUUGUUGCCCACGGGAAUCUUCGAAUGCGUGGGCAGGCUUUUGUCGUGUUCAAAGACCAAGAAAGUGCAGCACAAGCAAUAAAGGAGGUUAACGGGUUUAUACUUAAAGAAAAGGCAAUGCUUAUACAAUAUGCAAGAUCAAAAUCGGAUGCUAUCGCUAUAUCCGACGGCACCAUCGAAGAACAUAAACGACAAAGAUUAGAAGCAAAAGAGAAGCGCGCCAAAGAACCACCUCAAAAACGGUUCAAAACAACUCAUUCAGGAGGCUUUCAGGCAGGAGGACCAUCAGGUGCCGCAGGCGGAUCGGGAGGUGGAGGCGGAGGAGCAGCUAGCAGUAAUAUCGCGGACGAGUUUCUCCCACCGAAUAAGAUUCUGUUCUUGCAGAAUUUACCGGAAGAUAUUACUGAAGCAAUGCUUACUGCUUUAUUCCAACAAUAUCCCGGAUUCAAAGAAGUUCGUACCGUUCCUGUAAAGAAAGAAAUCGCGUUCGUAGAGUACGAAAACGAAACACAGGCAAUGAUCGCUAAAGAGGCCUUAUCCAAUUAUUCAAAUCAUAAAAUUAAAAUCACAUUUGCAAGGAAAUAA